CUCAAUUAUCCUUUCUCGUAUCUAAAUCACCCUGAAAUACUAUUUAUUGUCUCUUGUUUUUUUUACCACCGUUCCAUUUACAUAAUUAAAUAAUAAUUAUAUACAGCUGUUAUGAGAUAUUCAAUUUACUCGAUUAUUGGGCUGGUUGCCAUGGGGGUAACAAUGGCAGAGCCAGAUGUUGCCGGAACCAGAACUGUAUUCAUUUCCCUUGCGACCGGUGACCAAGGCGAGCUAAUCCCGCUCAUUUUACACAAAAACAGCGAUGGAUUCGAGCCUGUCAGCUUGCCAAGCUUCAGCUCCAGCGAAAUCACCACUUCAGAAUCAAAUAUUGUUGAAAGCGGAAGCGAGAUCGAGAGCGUGGAAGCAGAUGGAUCGGAUAGUAGCUCGAAUGAGGAAGAGGUCGACAGCAAUGAGGUCGAGUCCGAGGAUAUUUCGGCUGAAAGUCAUCCGUCUAUUGACGCUUCCCUAGAGACUCCAUUCCCGGCGGAAAACACCAACAUGAGUCAGCAGGAACAGCCGAGCCCUGAGGGAUCUUCAAACUCUGAGGAAUCUGCUGACCCGGAGUCCUCCUCUGCCGUUGACGAGUCCGCUGACCUAGAAUCCUCUGCUGACGAGUCGGCUGAUGCUAGCUCAGCAGAAGAGAUCGCCGAGAAAAAUAGCAAGGAAAUCGACUCUGACUCUGACUCUGACUCCGAAAAUGACGAGGACAACAGCGAAGUGAGUGCCGGGGCAAUUAACGCCGAGGAGAGCAAAACGUCCAUGGCCCCAGCCUCUGCGCACAAAUUGCCCAGUAUCAUGCUCCUUGUCAUUCCCGCAUACAUCUUCGCAGUAGCAGUCAAUAAGAGGCUGACUCAUUAUUGAAAUAAAAGUAUAUUAUAUUUUUUUUACAAAUGAUAAAUUAUUUUAGCAAUUCAAUACAUAUCGCCCUCUUCGUCAUCUAGCUCAUCCACGUGCAAGGACUGCACAUAGUCAAAGACUUCCGGAUACUCUCCACGGAAAUGCGCCUUGAGCGCUCUUAUUCUGGUAAAAACAUCCUGCAGAUCAUCUUUAAGCUUAUUCACAGUGCCAAUAUGUGUUACAAGUGAUUUUGAUAGCACAGGAAAUAGCACUGUUGUCUCUUGCUCGGAUGCCGCUAGUGUCUCUAGAAGUUGCCGGUAUAUUUCC